CUGGCUGUGUGGCCUCUGGGCACCCCCAUGUGCCACUGGAGCCUGAUUCCAUCCACCCCUGCCUCCUCCCCUUUCAUUUGCACAGCUCGGACGGCCUUCUCUGCCUGCCCAUCGCCGCCACCACCAGGAGGACCGCCCGCCCAGCCCCGACCCCCAGAAGUGAUAGCUAAUUGGGGAUAGAAAGACCCCGAUUGUCUCGCGGGGCGGAAGAGCCGGCGUGGGCCGCUGAAAGGGCCGCCGCCAGCCCGCCAGCCCGGGCCCAGCAGCUGCCGCCCGCCGGGGCCCCCGGAGAUGUUUGGCGAUUACGUCAGCGCCGGCGAGGAGGGCGGGCUCGGGCGCCUCCCGCCCCCGGGGCCCCUGGACAAUGCGGGCAUUGUAGGCCUGGGCAGCGGGGAACUCCGGAUGAAUGCACCGCGGGCCUCUUGACCAGGGAGGCUGCCGGCGAGCUGGCCCCGGUCUGCCAGGCUGCUGCUGCAGGGAACACGGGAGGAACCUUGCGGGGAGGGGGUGCAGCUCGGAGGCCACCAGCUGGAUUGAGCUCCACGGGCGUCCCUCCUGGCAUGGCCUCGUGGCCUGGCGGAGACUCGGGCCCUGAUGCCCUGGUGGUGCUACUGGUGCUCAUUCUGCUGGCACGCUUCCUUCUCUGGUCCUGCCUCGGUGCCUACCUGGACUAUAGGAUGCGCCCCAGGCCGCCCCUCAAGCCCAAGCAGGACUAAGCUUCAUCUGGCACAGGUGUGUGGCCACUUCCCCCGCCCCCGCCACGGCUGGGCAGGAUACAGGCUCAGAAGGACCCGUGCUGGGCUGGGCUC